GUUUGUUAUGGUCAAAUCUUGCAACUGAAUUUUAAAACAGUUAUUCUCAACCGAUUAAGCUGAAAUGUUGCAUACAUGUUUAGUUUGGGUGACAAUGCAUGGUUAGCUAAGUGAUGUCAUUCUAAAUUCAAUAUCGCGGAUUACCCAAGAUGGCGGACUAGUUAUUUUCUAUGCACACCCAUGAUAUGGGUAUCAAAUGAAAGAGUUUGUUGAGAAUUCAACUGGACUGGUGGACUCCCAACAUGGCGGACUAUUUUUUUUUAUUCACCUCCAUGAUAUGAAUAUCAAAUAAAAGGGUUCGCUGAGAGGAAUACGAAUAAAAUGACGUCUGUGUUCAGCUUUCCGAGGAGAUGAUGUACUGCUGCCCGACUAAACGGUAAACCUUAGCGCGUCUUAACUAAAUAUCGACCUACCCUGGGCAAAUUCUAGCGGUGGUAAAAAAAAUUAAAAAUGGUGGAAAUAAGAUGGCCACCAUACCAAUUUUAAAGAGUUAUAACUGGGAGGGAGCGACAAGGGUCAACUGCAGGCGCUAAAUAUUUUUAAGAUGGCGCUCAAAAACCAACAAUGACGCAUUAAAUUAAAUGAACAGAAUUAGAAAUAUAUCUUACGAUAAAUAUUUUAAAUAAUUUAUUAGUAAAAAAAUAUUUUUAAAAACAAGCUUAUUUAAAUGUUCUAAAAACAACAAAAUAAACAUUACACAAUUUACAUUAUAUAAAAACUUGUCGCAAGAUUUACAUAAACAAUAAUACAAUAUGUAUAUUUGUAUUGUCAGAAGUAGUUAAUUCUAAGAAGAAAAUAAAUAAUAGGUAAAGAGAUUUAAUGUAGGUAUACUAUAGAGCGGACAUAGAGAACGUUUUCCUAUAAAAACUUUAAGCUCGCGCGUGUGUGACGUCCUCUGGCUAAACAUAGCAAAACUACGCAGAAUAUUUAUUAGGGAAACAUUUCAGCUAUUCCCCAGUAGGUGAUGCUACUAAAUGUAGGGUAAAAAACCCGUUUUAGGAAUGUUACGUUUCGACAUCAAAAUAUCGGUAAUGUUGUGGAAGGUUACUAAGUUUGUAAUGCUUUACUAUAUAAUAAUAGGGAAUAUGCAUACUUUUUUAUUGUAUAAAUCUAUUUACUAUGACUCCUAUCUCAUCAAAAAAAUUCAUUUCAACAUUUUAAUUUAUGAAUAACGUCAUGAAUGAAAUGAAAUGUCCUGAAAUAUAAUAUUUAAUUUCCAAUAACUAUGAAUCAAUUCAAACAGCAGUCACAUUGGUAACAUCUUGGAUGACGUCACUAGGUCUAUUAGACGCUAUAAUAAUAGCAGAUGAUUGGUCGGUUGGCGUCGAAGGCAUAUCGCGAAACGUCAAAUCCAAUAAGAGAGCGCCUCCAUGUUUUUCAAAUUCGUUCCUUUUACAAAAAUACCAUUUAAAUUUAACAUGUUUUAGGAAAGCAUUGUAGGAAAACAUUGAAAAGUUGUCAUUAACGGUAUGAGUUCUUCCGGGUCGAUGGUACAAAUGGGCGUGCCUCAAGGCUCAAUUCUCGGCCCCUUUCUGUUUCUUGUAUAUAUUAAUGACUUACCUUACAUAGUAGGAGAUAACCAUGAUAUAGUAUUAUUUGCAGAUGACACUUCUUUAAUUUUCAAAUUAAGUCGACAAUUGCUAAAAUAUGACGAAGUAAAUAAUGCUAUAUCUAAAAUAGUAAAUUGGUUCAAUGUUAAUAAUUUGCAUUUAAAUGGCACUAAAACGAAAUGUAUGAAAUUUAUGACUCCAAAUGUCAAACAAUUAAAUAUACCUGUAAAAAAGGGAGAAAUCUAUGUGGUAGGACUCCUCUUCUGUCUGGAUAAAUAGCAGUGUUUGCAUUGCUGUGUUCCGUUCUGAUGGGCUUAGGGAGCCAGUAUAGUUACAGGCUGUGAGGCCACUCCAUCUUAGUCCCUCAGAGGUGACAAGGCACCCGUAGCCUUCCUUAUUUGAAGUUAAUUGUAAGUGUUCAGGGAUUAUAGAGGCUUCUUUUUUUUUUAAAUGUUACCUCCACACUAGGAUUUUCUCCUGUAUCGUGGGGGCAGUUUACAUACAUAAAUUUCACAAGGACAGACACCCAGACCCGGAACAAUUAUUCGUAGGCCAUACAAAUACUUGUUCCGUGCGGGAUUCGAGCCCGCGGGCCUCAGCGUCGCAACUCAUUGCUAUGCCACUGCGCCAUGGAGCCGUCGUUCUUGCUAUUAAAGAGACUAAGUUUGUCGGUCACUUGAAUUUUAUUAAAAAAAAAUAUGGUGGCUAUUAUCAGCGUGUUAAAGACCAUUGUUUGUUUGAAGUUAGUUGUGGUUUGUAAGUUAUUCAAAUAAAUUUCCAGGAUGGAAUCGACUUCUGAAGACAUAUCAUCAUCAGCAGAACGGGAAUCUAGGUCUUCCGACUCUUUGCCUAUCAGACGGACAGGAAGAUCUGAUAAGAAAGAACGACAUAAAUUAGCGGAGUCGUCGCCAGAGGUCAAGAAAAAAAAGAAAGGUGUAUUAGAGGACAGUUCUAGUGAAUCUGCGGGCAUCAAGAAAAGGUCUAAAAAGUAAACAAUAUUUUCGUUUUAUUAUAUUGUAAAUAAGUUUAUAUGUAUCCGGCUCAAAGGACCAAUAUAAUUUAGGGCUGUGAACCAUCCUAGUCCUCAGUGGUACAACGCAUCUAUAGUGGUUGUAUGUCAGGCUUGUUGUAGCUAUUUUUUUUUACAGCGUAUGUCCUUCACGCAAAAUACGCGCUUGGACAUGAAGCAAAAAAAAAUUUCAUUUAAAACUAAACUAAAUAUGUGUGUGAGACUCUUCAUACAUUACCAUACAGUUGACUAAUAUUCUACACGAGUCUCAAGGGUGUGUUGUCAAUGACUACCGCAUAUACAUACAUUUAAACUAUGACUCGUACAUUUUACUACCGGUAUCCUACACAUUCGCAACUAGUAUCACCCUCCUCCCAUAUGUCAAUUGACAGUGCGUUACGUCUCUAAAGUUGAGGCGAUUGAAUAAACACAACCAAUGUAUAAUUUUUAACCUGUUUAUUUAUUGUGUUCAACCCCCUAUUCAAUACUUUCGCGGAAAGCGGAAUACCUGACAUAGUGCUAUAUAGGUCAAAUAUAGUAAAAUUGUGUAGGUAUCUACCAACACGGGCCUUUGUUUCCACCAUGACGAAUCAGGUGAAGCUGCGGAACGCAACUAGUUUUGUAAAGUAGUAAUUAGUUUGUAUCGUUGUAUAGAAAAAUAAAUUAUUACGAAUAUAAUAAAUUAUACUGAUAAAAUAUAAUGUUAUGAUAUUAUUGUCUAAGGAAAUAUUUUUGUGACAACCCUUGCAUAUAUUUAGCUACUUGACGUCGAGACAGCCUUGUAGGUAUUUUGCCGUAUAACAAAGGAGUUGACCCACUAUUAGUAUUUAUUACACAUAUGACACAGCCACACCACAAUUUUUUUUUUAUAAUACUGAAGCUCUAACUGAUGAAAAGUGGGUACUACAGAUCAUGGACACCUGCAGCCAACUUUUAAAUAAAGAAGGCUAAGAAUUAGACGCCUGUGAGGAUUACCUGUGAAGACUAACAUAAAAUGCCUCACAGCUUGUAAUGAGGAAUUCAUUGCCACCAGGACGACACCACUUAGGAAUGAGGUUUUCAUAACAGUGCAGUUAAUUUGUUAGGAAAAUGUUAAUGUUUUUCCUGUAAUAUUAGUUAUAUUUUAUAUUAAUUUGAUAAAAAAUGAAUAAGCCAAACUACGGAUAUACCUAAAAGUAG